CAUUUAUAAAUAUUUUCAUAAAAUUAAUAAAAUAAAAUAUGCCUGCUAAUAUUCGAGAGAAUGAAAUAUUAAAUUAUGUUGAAAUGCCUAGGAUUGUUGAUGAUAUAGUUGUUUCUGGAAUUUCUGGUCGACUACCAGAAGCUGACAAUGUUAUGGAAUUCAGAGAUAAUUUAAUGAACAAAAUAGACAUGGUAAAUAGUGAAGAAACAAGAUGGCCUAAAAAUUUAUAUGGACUCCCUGAAAGAAGUGGGAAAAUCAAGGACUUAUCAAAAUUUGACGCAAAUUUUUUUGGGGUGAAUCCAAAGCAAGCACAUGUUAUGGAUCCUAAAUUAAGAUUGCUAUUAGAGGUGUCAUAUGAAGCCAUUAUUGAUGCUGGAAUUAAUCCUCAGAGGUUGAGAGGAACAAAGACAGGUGUAUAUAUUGGUGGAAGUGCUUCUGAGGCCCAUGAAGCUUGGGGAUUAGAAGCUGAAAAAGUUAUAGGGUAUAGCAUGACAGGAUGUACUGGAUCUAUGUUUGCCAACCGAAUUUCUUUUGCAUUAGACUUGAAGGGUCCAAGUUAUUCUGUAGAUACAGCUUGCUCCUCAAGUCUAUUAGCCUUUGAAAAUGCUCUCUCUGCUAUAAGAACAGGGCAAUGUGAUGCAGCCAUUGUUGGUGGAGUUUCCAUAUGUGUAAAACCUACGAUAGCUUUACAGUUUCAAAGGUUGAAUAUGUUAUCACCUGAUGGGACUUGUAAAUCAUUUGAUGCAACUGGGAAUGGAUAUUGUAGAAGUGAAGCUGUUGUAGCAGUUUUUUUACAAAAACUCAAAGAUGCUCGUAGAAUUUAUUGCUAUGCAUUACAUGCUAAAAGCAAUUCAGAUGGAUUCAAAAAUGAUGGAAUCACUUUUCCAAAUGGAGAAAUGCAGAAAUUGUUGAUACGCGAAGUUUAUCUGGAAGCACAUGUUGAUCCUUUAUUGGUGUCAUAUAUCGAAGCUCAUGGUACAGGUACUCAAGCAGGUGACCCACAAGAAUGUAAUUCAUUGGCUGAUUUUUUCUGUAAAAAUCGCAAGUUACCAUUACUUAUUGGUUCUGUCAAAUCAAAUAUGGGGCACCCAGAGCCUGCAUCUGGACUCGCUUCAUUACUUAAGAUAAUUAUAUCAAUGGAAGAAGGAAUAAUUCCUCCAAAUUUACAUUACAACGAACCUAAUCCUAAUAUACCAGCCCUGGUUGCCGGACAACUUAAAGUAGUUACUGAAAUGACUCCCUGGAGUGGAGGAUACAUAGCAUUGAAUAAUUUUGGUUUUGGGGGAUCAAAUGUCCAUGCAAUUUUUCAUUCUAAUCAAUCUCACAAUCCUACACAAAACUAUAUAUCAAAUUUACCAAAAUUAUUUAUAACGUCAGGUCGGACAGAAGAAGCUGUUGGGAAAAUGUUAUCUUUCAUGAAUUCUCAUCCUAAUGAUCAUUAUUUAUAUAAUAUGGUAGAAGAAUUAUCAGAUACAAAUCCUUCUAGUCAUCCUUUUAGGGGUUUUAAUAUUUUAGGGACUGAGUCACAUCAAGAGAUUAAAAAACAAAUGCCAAAUAAACGUCCACUUUGGUAUAUAUUUUCUGGAAUGGGAACACAAUGGGUCGCUAUGGGGAAGGCCAUGAUGGCCUUCAAUACAUUUUCAAACUCAAUAUUUAAAUCGGCCAACAUUUUAAAGCAAUUUGAAAUCGAUUUAAUUUCAAUUUUAUCAACAAAUGAUUCUGAAAUAUUGGAGAAUACUCUAAAUUCUUUUGUUUCUGUAGCUGCCAUACAAGUAGGUUUGGUUGAUUUAUUAAAUGAAAUGGGCUUAAAACCGGAUGGUUUGAUUGGUCAUUCAGUUGGUGAACUUGGAUGUGGAUAUGCUGAUGGAGGCUUUACUGCAGAAGAAAUGGUAUUAGCAGCUUAUUGGAGAGGCAAAUGUAUACAAGAUGCAAAGCUCGCUCCUGGUGGUAUGGCCGCUGUUGGCUUAACUUGGAAGGAAGCUAAAGAAAUGUGCCCUCCUGGGAUUGUACCUGCAUGCCAUAAUGCUGAAGACACCGUUACAAUAUCUGGUCCUAAACUGGAUGUUGAAAAAUUUGUCGAUAACAUGAAAAAAGAGGGAAUAUUUGCCAAAGAAGUUAACAGUGCAGGGGUUGCGUUUCAUUCUUAUUUCAUGAAGCCUAUUGGACCUAUAUUGAAGAGCGCUUUAGAUAAGGUUAUAAAACAACCUAAAUUACGCUCAAGUAAAUGGAUUAGUACAUCUAUUCCUGAAGACUCGUGGAACUCUGAUUUAGCCAAAUUUUGUUCGUCUGAUUAUCAUGCAAACAAUUUGUGCAAUCCAGUAUUGUUUCAAGAAGCCUUAAAACACAUUCCAAGUAAUGCUGUAACAGUCGAAAUAGCCCCUCAUUGUCUUCUGCAAUCCAUUUUGAAGCGAUCUUUAUCUCAAGAUUGUAGUUUUGUUAGUUUAAUGAAGAAGGGGCAUGAAGAUAAUGUUAUGUAUUUUUUAGAAAAUUUAGGAAGAUUAUACUCAUUUGGAUGCGACCUUGAUAUAAGAAAACUGUAUCCCCCAAUUACAUAUCCUGUACCUAAGGGUACACCAAUGAUUUCACCCCAUUUGAUUUGGAACCAUUCCGAUUCUUGGGAUGUCCCCACCUAUAAACAUUUUGAUGCUGUAUUGGUUAGUGAAUCGGGUGGAGGCAGUUCCCUGGUGUACAAGUUUGAUGCCACAACCAAAGUGGAUGAAUUUUUGUUUGGUCAUAAUAUUGAUGGUAGAACUUUAUAUCCCGCGACUGGCUAUAUUGAGUUGGCUUGGAGGGCACUGGCUAAAAAAAUGAAGAAAGAUUUUUUAGACUUGCCUAUUAUUAUUGAAAAUUUUCAAAUUCAUCGUGCCACCAUUUUAACCAAAACCACCAAUACAAGAUUUGAAGUCAAUAUACUGCCGUAUUCAAAUAAUUUUGAAAUAAUCGAAAAUGGUGCUAUUGUAGCUUCUGGGAUCAUACAAUCCUCUACUGAUGAAUUGGAAAUCAAAAAAGUCGAUUCUGUUAAAUUUAAAGAUGAUUUCUCUCUAGAAACCAAUGAUAUCUACAAGGAAUUGAGUUUAAGGGGUUACGAAUAUUUUGAUGAAUUCCGGGGAGUUAAAGAAUUUAAUUAUUUGGGAAAAUCCAGGUUAUCAUGGACAGGUAACUGGAUAACCUUUUUGGACACAAUCUUACAAAGUCAGAUAUUGAACACAAAUGAUAGAAGUCUUUAUGUACCCAAUAGGAUUAAAUUGAUGAAAAUAAAUCCACACCUUCACUCACAAAGGUCCAAGGAUAACAUAAUUGAUUGCUUUUACGAUGAAAUAUUAAACAAAACCUAUGCCGGAGGUGUUGAAAUGUUUGGGCUCCAUACCUCAGCGAUAUCGAGGAGACAACAUCAUUCGACACCAAUCAUUGAAAAAUAUGAAUUUGUUCCUUAUUCCAGCGACGGAGUGCCCAAAAAUGUGACUAUGAAAAUGGUGCAAUACAAAGAAGCAUGCGAACAAUUAAUCGGGAAAGGUUUAAGAAAGUUUAUAUCUUCGCCUGACUCCCUACCAAAUCGAGACAAAUAUAAUACUAUUUUAAAUAACAUUCCGCCCGCCGACCUUUUAAAACCUGACCAAAAAUUGUUAUCGAUAGAUGGAAAUGAUCAAUUUAUACUCAAUUAUAUUACCGAGCUAUUUAAUUUACCCUUGACCAAUCAAUUACAUCAGAAUGUUUUAAAAAUUUACACAUCUGCAAAGGUUAACCUUUUCAAGGAUAAACUAGUAUCGUUGCUUCUGGACGAAUCUUAUCUUAAACCAUUUUUGGAUCUAGUCAUCGAAAAUUGUUUCAACAAUAAACUAAAAGCGAUUGAAUUUAAUGCUCCAAGUGACCCUCUCAUAGUUACGGCUUACACCUCUAUGAAUAGACAACCUCAGACCAAACUCAAUUUUUGUGCCUUUGGACCUAACGGCGAAGAUUUGCAAAUUAUUUUGAACGACAGAACCAAUAAAAACGCUAUUAAAUCAUUCGAAUACGACAUUAUAAAGAAUCCAAAUUUUGAAAAUAUGCCUCCCGAACUAUUGGCCACCGAUUAUGAUUUGGUUUUGGCCAAUAACGUUUUGCACAAAUGCGUCGAUCUCGAGAAAACGUUAAAACAGAUAUAUAGCCUUUUAAAACCCGGUGGGUUUUGCCUCGUCCACGAAACCACAGACAAUUUUAUCAUCAAUUUUACCCUCGACGUUUUAGUGGAGGAAAUGCCAACACCAACUGAGGUUUUUGAAUCGAAAAGAAGGAAAUUAGGCUUUUACUACGAAAAAAAGGACUGGAUAGAAUUGUUUUCUAAAUUUGGCUUUAAUCUGAUUUCUAGUGUUUCUGAUAAUUGCAUGUCCAGCUUAUAUUUGAUUCGCAAGAAGUCAAUGGUUCCACUCAAGCACAAGAUUAUCACUGUAAACGAAACCCCUGGUUAUAAUUGGGUGGACACUGUACGAGACGCGAUGUACAAAAAUACGGAAAAUGUUUCGGAGGAAAACAGGAUUUGGCUUUACACGUCAUCCCCGAAUACUGGGUUGGUAGGUUUUGUGAACUGCCUUAAGCAAGAACCUGUUGGUAGUAUAAUAAGGUUGAUUGUGGAUUAUAACAAGGCCUUGGAUGCAUCAAGCCUUAAUGUUAAGUCCCCCAAGUUUAUGCAAUUAACAAACACAGAUUUAUUUACAAAUGUCUGGCUAAAUGGAAAAUGGGGCUCUUAUAGGCACAUUAUUUUAAAUAACGAUAAUAUGAUGAUAGAUUGCGAAUAUGCUUUUGUGAAUUGCUUGAAAAAAGGAGAUUUGACGAGUUUGGUAUGGAUGAAAUCUGACUUAAACCCUGUAAAUUAUCCGCCAUCUCAAAAGGAAUUGUGCACGGUCUUUUAUUCAGCUUUGAAUUUUAGGGAUAUAAUGUUAGCCACCGGUAAGCUUUCUCCAAAUGCCAUACCUGGUAAUUUUUCACCCCAGGAUUGUUUGCUUGGAAUGGAGUUUUCAGGAUUAAACUCGAAAGGUCAACAAAUAAUGGGAAUACUUCCGGCUAAGGGAUUAGCUACUAUCGUGGAUGUCGACCCGAAAUUUACAUGGGACCUUCCUAAGUCAUGGUCCCUUAGAGAUGCGGCAACGAUUCCGGUUGUUUACGCUACCGCCUAUUAUUCCUUAAUCGUAAGAGGAGGUUUAAAGAAAGGCGAAUCUGUUUUGAUUCACUCGGGUAGUGGAGGCGUUGGACAGGCCGCCAUCUCUAUCGCGCUCAGCCUGAAUUGCACAGUGUAUACUUCUGUUGGGUCUUUAAUUAAACGCACCAAUUUAAAAACCCGAUUUCCGCAAUUGAAGGACGACAAUUUUUGUAAUUCGCGUGAUUUAUCUUUUGAAGAUCACGUGUGCAAAAUGACCAAAGGGCAAGGAGUUGACGUGAUUCUUAAUUCAUUAUCCGACGAAAAAUUGCAAGCGAGUGUUCGCUUAUUGGCUAAGCAUGGUCGUUUUCUGGAAAUUGGGAAAUUCGACUUGUCAAACAAUUCUUCUUUAGGUAUGGCAAUAUUCUUGAAAAAUGUAUCAUUUCAUGGCAUAUUGUUGGAUUCUUUAUUCGAAAGCGAUAAUGACGAUUGGAAAUUAGUACAUGAUAUGGUGGAUAAAGGAAUUAAGACUGGUGUCGUUAAGCCUCUUGAUAGCAUGAUAUUUACACCUGAUAAGAUUGAGGAGGCAUUUCGUUAUAUGGCAAAGGGCAAACACACUGGAAAAGUUCUGAUUAAAAUACGCGAAAAUGAAAAACUCAACGAGCAUAUAUCAUUUAAGGCAUUGCCUAAAAAUCAAUUUAAUUCAAACGAUGUUUAUUUGAUCACUGGUGGUUUGGGAGGAUUCGGUCUUGAAAUGACUGAAUGGAUUAUCCAAAAAGGGGCCAGAAAAAUAGUUUUGACGUCCAGAUCUGGGGUUACAAAUGGGUAUCAAUCAUCGAGAAUACGAUACUGGGAAAGUCUGGGCGCCAAAAUUUUGAUCUCAAAACUCAAUAUAAGUAUAGCACAUGAUGUCGAUUUACUCAUGAAAAAAAUACAAAUUUUGGGGAAAUUAGACGGAAUAUUUCAUUUAGCUGCAGUACUACGAGAUGCUCUUUUCGAAAAUCAAUCAAUCAACAAUUUUAUUGACGUUAGUACGCCCAAAGCGCUAGGCGUCCUAAAUCUGGAUAAUAUUACACGUUCGUUGUUUCCUACGAUGUCAUACUUUGUUGUGUUUUCAUCCAUUAGUUGUGGACGUGGAAAUAUGGGUCAAACCAAUUACGGGUAUGCAAACUCUGUAAUGGAACGCAUAUGUGAAUGUCGUAGAAAAGAUGGAUAUUCUGGUUUAGCCAUUGAAUGGGGAGCCAUAGGCGAUGUGGGUCUUAUAAUGGAAACGAUGAAUGGAAAUGAAACUGUAGUAGGUGGAACCUUGCCCCAGAGAAUUAAUUCAUGCUUGGACACGUUAGAUCUACUUUUAUCUAGUUCACAUCCUAUAAUAUCGAGUUAUGUAUUAGCGGAAAAGGGGGGAAAUACAUCUCAAACACAAUCCAAAAUUAAUGUUAUUGAUGCAAUCGCUCAUAUAUUAGGUAUUAAGGAUAUAGGUUCUGUUAACCAAGAAACAUCUCUGGCCGAUUUAGGCUUAGACUCUUUAAUGGGCGUGGAGAUUAAACAAACUUUAGAAAGGGAAUACGAAAUUGUCUUAUCAAUUAAGGAAAUUAGACAACUCACAUUUAAUAAAAUGAAAAAUUUGAUGUUAAAUUCUUCUAAUGAUGAUCUCAAUUUGAAUGUAAACUUAAACAAUCAACCACCACCAUCGGAAAUUUUAUCUCCUACCAUAGGAUUAGAGCUCAUUAUGCGACGCUAUAACAUAAACGAAUUAGUUCCCAAGGAAACUGUUGUUUAUUUCAAUACCGAUAUCAAUAAAGUCCCCAUUUUUUUUAUUCAUCCAAUCGAAGGAAGCCUUGUUUCUUUAAGCAAUAUCAUAAAAUUAUUAAAUCAACCUGUUAUCGGCUUCCAAUGUUCAAAAGAAGUUUGUCAGGAUAGUGUUGAAGAAAUGGCAGAAUUUUAUAUCAGAAAAAUGCUAGAAAUAAAAAAGGAUGGCCCCUACAUAAUUUGUGCAUAUUCUUUUGGCGCCACAAUAGCUUUUGAGAUUGCAUUACAGCUUCAAGUUAAAGGAAUCAAAAUAAAAGAUUUAAUAUUUUUAGAUGGAUCACAUUCAUUUGUCACAUCUCACACUCAGUAUCAUUUAUCCAAAUUGACACACGGGUCAGACAUAGAAAAAUAUGCGGAAAUAAUGGUUGCAUUUGUUUUGCUGUUCGUAGGGAGCGAUUAUAUAAAACUAAAAGAAAAAUUUUCAUUAUUAACCACGGCUGAAGAUAUACAACGAGUGGCCAUAAAUAGGCUCAUGGUUACGAAUCUAUUUCCCGACCAGACCGACCUAGAGUUUUGCGCCCAAUAUUUUUGCCAAAAACUCAGGAUUUGUGAUAAAUAUUUGCCCAAGGGUGAUUACAAAGGAGAUAUAACACUAAUUCGAGUCAAAGAUGCAGACGAAAUUCUUGGAGACGAUUAUGGACUUUCUUCGGUAUGCACUGGAAAAAUAGAUAUCAAAUAUACAGAGGGUGACCACGAGACCAUGUUAAUUGGUGAUAAUGGUUACAAAGUGGUCAACUUACUUCACAAAUCAUUAUCUCAUUCAUAAACAUUUUUUUAGUCAACACAUAUUUAUGAAUCAUGUGAUAAUUUCUAGUCCAUUUAUACAUAUUAUAUACCAUCAAUAAUGCUUAUAUUAUUGCAUUUUUUAUUUCAAUUUUUAUUAUAUUUUUAUAUAGCCAAAUUUAUAAAAAAAAUAUUUAGCCUAAUUUUAUUGUAUUUUGUAUUGAUUGAAUAUUUUCUUCAGU